UGACCAUUUACUCCCACACAAUUGGUCAAGCAUGCGCCGGUGGCUCAUUGUACUGGCCAUGUCGUUGGGUGCAUUAAUGGUGUAUGUCAACAGCUCCAAUAACUGAGCCAAUCACGCUUCAAGCAGAUACCAACUAACUCCUCGCCAUCAGAUCCAUGUCUUUGGGUAUCUGCGCUCCAGCUAGCACAGUCAUUGGUAAAGAAUUCAACAGUAACAACAGCUUUCUGCUCGUUCUCUACAUCACCAUUCCCAAUCUCGGACAGACGGUUUCUUCGCUAUACAUUAGCCCGCUCUCCGAACGGUUUGGUCGUGUACCUAUAUACCACCUUUUCAGCCUUCUAUAUAUCCUUUUUACACUGGCUACCGGAUUCAGUAACAGUUUGAGCACGCUUAUCAUAUUAAGAGUCCUGACAGGAGGUACUAUAGCGCCGAUAUGCUUGAACCCCGCCAUCACGGGCGACAUGUUUGCUGCGACAAAGCGCGGCUCAGCCAUGUCGAUUGCGAGCGUGAUUCCAAUCUUAGGUAGCGCAGUGGGACCUAUCGUUGGCGGAUAUAUUACGCAAUAUCUGAGCUGGCGAUGGACCUUCUGGCUCAUGGCGAUUCUAACCACUGCCAUUCAGCCGUUUCUAAUCCUUGUUUUGAAGGAGUCUUAUGUGCCCAUUAUACGCAAAAAGGCUCUACAAAAGACACAAAUCGAGUUUAUAGACGCUCCAGCUCCGUCAAAGUACCUCCUAGGCUGGAAUUGGAGCACUGUCCAAGCCAUCUUGCUGCUCAUUGUGCGUCCAUUCAUCAUUCUGAGCAGCUCCCGCGUUGCCGUGCUCAUGGCUCUAUAUCUAUCUGUACUAUACGCAUACCUUGGACUUCUUGCAGCAAAUAUGGCGACCGUAUUUCAACAAGUUUACGGUUUCUCUGAGAGCCAAUCUGGUCUCGUUUAUCUGGCAACUAGCGUCGGAACUCUUGCCGGUACUGUUUACUGCGUCUUUGUGCUUGACCACUUUCUACAAGUCGGCCUCCCGGGGGGCAAGCGUGAUGCCCAAGACGAAGGUCGGCCGGAAAAUCGCCUCAUUGCUAUCAUACCGGCCAUGGCCGCUUAUCCAAUCGGACUGAUGAUGUACGGGUGGUCCUUGGAGAAUCACUGGCAUUGGAUCGUGCCGACUCUCUCUACGUUUCUCUGUGGCUUUUCGCUCUCUAGUAGCACAACGCCGAUUAUGAGUUACUUGGUCGACGUCUUUGGCGAUCGUGCUGCGUCUGCUAUAGCAGCCGUGUUGCCAAUGCGGUAUGUUGCAGGCACUUUCAUCCCUGUUGCAGCUCCGUAUCUUAGUGACAGAUUGGGCUAUGGCUGGGCGAGCUCGCUACUGGUUUUCAUCUUGCUGGCUCUGAUCCCGCCUACGUUUCUUGUCAUUGUCAGGCCUCAAAAGAAGGUUGCUCCUAUUAUAGUUACACGUUAG